CCUAGCGAUUUUUGACUAAAUAAGCGAACGCAAAACACAGAGCAAAUUUUCCACUCUCUUCCAAUCUCCAAUGGCGCCAGCAACUAAGAAAAAACCUUCAAAGCAACUCAAAGUUAAAAAAUCCCCCAAAAAAGUACAAAUUGUUCCCGUCAAAGAAGAUUCCUCCACCGAAUCGGAAGAAGAAGCACCACCACAACACCUCGAACUCGGUGAUGACAUCGCCGACGACGACUCAGCUUCGGAAUUAUCUUCCGAUGGAGAUGAACAGUUAGCCGAUGAUUUCCUCCAAGGAAGCGAUGAAGAAGAUGAAAAUGAAGAGAAAGCCUCAGGGUCGGAAUCUGGUUCGGGUUUGGGUUCUGAUUCGGAUGAUGAUGAUGAUGAUGAUAUUGUGGAGAAAUCGAGAAAAAUUGAUGAAAAAAGGAAGAGAGAAGAAGCCGAUGCUGAUGCUGAAAUGAAGACCAACAUUCAAGAAGAGUCUGAUGAGUUUACAUUACCAACCAAACAGGAACUUGAGGAAGAGGCUUUGCGUCCACCUGAUCUUUCCAAUCUACAGAGGAGGAUUAAAGAGAUUGUCCGUGUUCUUUCCAAUUUUAAGGCAUUGAGACAAGAGGAGUCGACAAGGAAGGAUUAUGUUGAGCAGCUUAAGCAUGAUAUACGUUCAUACUAUGGCUACAAUGAGUUUCUAAUCGGUGCUUUGGUUGAGAUGUUUCCAGUUGUUGAACUGAUGGAACUGAUUGAAGCUUUCGAAAAGCCUCGCCCUAUAUGUCUGAGGACAAACACUUUGAAGACACGGAGACGGGAUUUGGCAGAUGUCUUGAUAAACAGAGGAGUAAAUCUGGAUCCUCUGAGCAAAUGGUCCAAAGUUGGACUUGUCGUGUAUGACUCUCAAGUACCAAUUGGUGCCACUCCAGAGUACAUGGCUGGCUUUUACAUGCUUCAAAGUGCUAGUUCUUUUCUGCCUGUGAUGGCCUUGGCUCCUCAAGAAAAGGAACGGAUUAUUGAUAUGGCGGCUGCACCUGGUGGGAAAACAACGUACAUUGCUGCUCUAAUGAAGAACUCUGGAAUAAUAUUUGCAAAUGAAAUGAAGAUACCACGACUGAAGUCUCUGACUGCAAAUUUGCAUCGGAUGGGUGUAUCAAACACUGUUGUCUGCAACUAUGAUGGGAAGGAGCUUCCAAAGGUUAUGGGUCUCAAUGUUGUGGAUAGGGUACUGUUGGAUGCCCCUUGCAGUGGAACUGGGGUUAUAUCCAAAGAUGAAUCAGUUAAAACUUCUAAAAACUUGGACGAUAUAAAGAAAUGUGCUCAUCUACAGAAGGAGCUUCUUCUUGCUGCAAUUGACAUGGUAGAUUCUAAUUCAAAAUCUGGGGGAUACGUUGUAUAUUCUACAUGCUCAAUCAUGGUUGCCGAGGUUUGUUUUUCAGUUGCAACUUGCAUUCAUAGGGUUUAUAUGUUUCCUUUUUUGUGUCCUAUGUUUCUGAAGUAUUUUUCCUUAAAUAUUAUUCAGAAUGAAGCAGUUAUUGAUUAUGCACUCAGUAGAAGGGAUGUUAAGCUGGUUCCAUGUGGACUUGACUUCGGGCGUCCAGGGUUUACAAAGUUUAGGGAACAGCGUUUCCAUCCUUCGUUAGAUAAGACAAGACGUUUCUAUCCACACGUACACAAUAUGGAUGGGUUUUUUGUUGCAAAGUUGAAAAAAAUGAGCAGCACUAAACCCAUUGCAAAACCAUCAACAAAGGAAAAAGACGAAGAAAUUGAGCCUGCGAAGGACAACGAUAAACCAAACAAUGACAUAAAUGAGAACGGCAGACAAUCUUCUGAAUCUGAAACCAGAAGAAUAAGAAGAUACAGACUACAAACCAAGAAUGGUGAAAAAGCUGAUGUCACAGAAACUUCUGAACCUGAAUUCAAAAAGAGGAAGAAAAGGAAAUUUAAUAGAGAGGAGAUUUCAAAAGCAAGAGAGGAGAAGAGACUGACUUUAAUAGAAAACAAGAGAAAAGCUGGCAAACAACAGAGGAAAAACGAUGAAUGACCAGUGGGAAUACAGGAAGUAGCGAUGACCAACUGUGCACUUUUAGCGCAGAAUUGACUCGAGACUCCAACAAUAUGGGAGUACUGAGGGGUGCUAUCCUGUCAAAAAUGUACCCUGGAGUCGGUGGCAUGACCUGAUUGAAGGGUCUCAGUUUUGUUUUGUUUUGUUUGUUAAGUUUAUUUAGGCAUGUUUUAACAUCCAUCUGUUAAGCUGUAAAUCAGAACGGAGAAAGAAAGAAAAAAAUUCUAGGCAUGAAUUUAUCUUCUAAUUAUUGUCUUCAUGUCUAUUGUCCUCCGUACUUGUUAUCCUUUGUAAGAGUUAUUUAACUUGCUUUAGAUGAUAUGAUAUUAUAAAAUUUAUGAUUUUUUAUCA